UUCCCAUCUCGAAUUGCAGCAUCAACAUAUACAAGCAUUUCAAUCUUCAAAAGCUUUUAUGUUUGCCAUGGCUUCUCUCCCCGCCCGACUCAUCAUCCUCCCUCUCUUACUCCUAUUCGGCACUUGCAACGCUAACCUAAUCCGCGGCGGAGAUACGCCGCAGAAACCGUUCGAUUUCUUCGUUCUUGCUCUUUCUUGGUCUGGCACCUCUUGUUCCAGCGUUAAGGACUGCUGUCCCACCAACGCCUGUUGCAGCUCCGAGGUUGCUACUGGGUUCACAAUCAAUGGUUUCUGGCCAGAUUACAAUAAUGGGAGUUGGCCCUCCUGCUGUGAUGGUCCCAAAUAUGACCAAAACUCGAUCUCAAUUAUAUCGGGGUUCUUGAACACCUAUUGGCCAUCGUAUGAUUGCAUUUCCGCCCCUGCUUGUGGACGUUUCAUCGAAUCAGAUUUGGCAUUUGAGUGGGACACACAUGGAAAAUGUGCUUCUCCGGUACUUUCCAAUCAAUAUGAAUACUUCUCGACGGCUCUAAUGCUCUACUUCAAAUACAAUAUUACUGAGAUUCUGUUGAAGGCUGGAUAUGUACCUUCGAACACCGUUAAAUAUCCAUUGAAAGACAUCACUUCAGCCAUUAAAAAUGCUCUUGGGGUAACCCCAAUUGUGAAAUGCAAUGGCCAUAGUCCUAUCAGAGAAAUUCAGAUAUGUUUCGACAAGACGCUCCAGAUUGAAGAAUGCCCAACCUAUGCACCAUCAAAAUGCCCUUCACGUGUUAAAUUACCAAUAAAGAAUGUAACACAGGUGCCGGAAACAACGAACUACCUUUCAUUCCGCGGUUCGCUCAAUUGGUAGAUCGCCAAAUGCAGACUGUCCCUUGAUUUGCUCUCUCAAGAUGGUGUAUCGCAAUAAUGCUAUGAGUUGCUAUAUGAUCAAAAUUUAUUUAAAACUUAUCGGGAUGUUGUAAGCAAACUCUUGUAAUGAAUGUUGUACUAACAAUAAAUAUGGUCAAGGGUUCAGUCAGCUAAUAUUACGAUCAUUUAGAU